UGAUAUUUUUGGAAAAAUUUGUAUAAAAAUAGAAUUUGGUACUUUCUAUCUUAAGUAAAUUUCGCCUUUUUUUACGACGUUAAGAAUGGACACACUGGCGCAAAUAAUUCGGUGCGACGGUGCAAUUUUCGCCUUGCGAAAUAUUCGUCGACUCAAAGUCUUUGGCGUACGAGGAGCAACAAACUGGCGCGAAAAUUUCGCUUGGCGACAACGAAACCAGCGAAUUUUAUUUCUUUCGCRACCAGCCGUUUUCUGUUGUUUUMGUUGCGAAUCAAAGAUGGCUUCAACUGAAAUGUUAAUAGAGUUAGUGGAGAARUAUCCGAUUUUAUACGAUUUAAGUCAUGAAGAUUACAAAAAUAUAAGAAAGAAAGAUAAGUUAUGGGAUAAAAUUGGGCAAGAGAUACAUAUUACAGGUGAAGAAGCCAAGAAAAAGUGGAAAAAUUUACGUGAUACGUAUGUCCGAAUUAUAAGGUUAAGCAAAACAAAAACGGGACAAGCUGCAAAACAAAGCAAAAAAUGGCAAUGGUCAAAGCACAUGGAAAAUUUCCGACCAUUUCUGACUUUUGCAAAAACUUCUUCAAAUGUGCCUGAAUACUUAAGUCAAACAGAAUCUAAUAAAGUAGUAAAUGUGAAUGAUAAUACACAGGAGACAAAUAUAAGUCAAGAAACGAAAACUGGCGAUUUUUGUGAAACCUUGGAAAGUAAUGCUGUUACACGUACUGAUAGGAGUGAUGAUAACGCAACACCCUCUAGAACAUCAAAAAAACAAAAGAGCACAAAGUCAUCGACUCCGAAAGCAACAUCUUCAGUGGAAGCAGUAAUUAGCUAUUUUGAAAACAAAAAAGCAACUGAAACAAAGGAUGAUCUCGAUUUAUUGUUCUUAUCAUACGCACGUACCAUAAAGAAAUUUUCCGGUAAACGUCAGGUCGAGACAAAAUUGCAAAUUGCGCAAAUUAUUGCCUAUCAAGAAAUAAUGCAUUACGAAGAGGAGUCCUCACAGCAGUCACAGCAACAAGUAUUGAAAUCGUACAUGGAUGUGUCUAGACCGUCAAAUUCCGACAGUUACAACUCUGAUUUCAAUGAAUAAACCAUCAAACUCAGAUUCGGCCGCUGAUUAACACCCUUUAAUCCUUAUAACUCAAACUUGUAGUUUUUUUAAAGAAAAAUAUACUUACCUCAAAGUAAUAGUCUUUCUUCUGCUGAAAUAGGUUCUCGUAAAUUGGUAUAUCGUUUUUCGAUGUCAUCUUUAAUUAAGUUUAACAUUUCAUCGAAACAAGCAAUGUCGAUUCUGAAAUAUUUAUAAAAACGCUUCAUCUAGUUGCAAUGGCAUGAGUGUAUGCAAUUCAAAAUGUCAUGAGUCCAUGUAGUUGUAGUAGUAGUCCUGAGAGCUUUUUUAUAAAAAAAACACCAACUUCAGCACAAAAUGUUACUUUUUAUUACUUAAUUGACGUCAAACAUUUUCUUGUCCUAUAAUAUUCCUGACAAUAAUACUAUUGCUUCUUCUUCAGAGCUUGAAGAAUCCAUCUUUCUAUAUAAUCAAUUAAAAAAUAUAUCUUGUAAAAUUUUUGCUCAAGUGUACCCACUAAUUUUGACUGCUUACGUGUCGCGAAAUAUUCGCGCAAAUGUGAUAGGAGAGACGAAUUUUUCUACGGCAUAUGUCGCGAAAUAUUCGCUUUGUUGUCGCGGCGAAUUAAUUCGCGUCAAUGUGUGCAUUUCUUAAUACCUAAAUCAUUCGAAAUUAUCGAAAUUGUAUUUUUCAAGUUACGGCUAUUCAUGGGAUAACCUGGAGAUGUACCCCCUAUUCAAGGGAUAACCGAUAAAAUAACAGUGUUCCAAAGGUGUAACCUGAAACCGUAGUUAUAGCUAGCCGAUUAAACCGGUUCUUUUUGGAACCGUCUCACAAAACCGAAACAGUUGAGCGUACUUCGCACCAGCGGCAGCCGUUUGCCGAUUAAGAGGCUUUUCGCACGGGCCACCCUGCAGCGCCUCUCGGUGGCACUGCUGAGAACCUCACGUUAACCUGAAGUGGCUCGGAUGAACGCCAACAUUUGACCCAAUGUAUCGCUAUCAGUGGCGCUUCUUGGCGGUAGUCAACCACUGAACGCCACAGAAGCGCUGUAAUGUAAAUCAAUGGCUCUUACUGUUCAGUUCUCCAGUAACCAUAGUCAUUCAGAUCAGCUGCUGCGAUAAGUAUUUAGU